AGGCUCCGCUCAGCAAUGGAGGGAAUCGAUACGGCAGGGAAUGCCAAAGCCGCGCCGCCCUCUUGUCCCCUUCCAGGGAGGAGCCCCCACCUGUCCGAGGAGCUGAUAGAGGAGUUCAGACAGUUCUCGGUGGCGCUGGGCAUUCCUGACGACGCCAUCUUCAGAAUGACGGAACCAGGGGAGUGUGUGCCCCCACAGCCAGAACUCAACCUGCAGAGAGACCGGAGGAGCACCUGGGAUGAGGAAGCAGGCUCUGCCGAUGGCUCCCUGUCAUUGAUGGGGGUAAACAAGGAAGAUUUCUGCCUGCAGCCCAAAGACGCCGGUCCCUGCCUGGGGAUGGAGCUGCACUACUUCUACAACAGCACGUCCCAGAACUGCGAGAAAUUCUUCUACGGCGGGUGCCGGGGAAACCAAAACAAAUUCCCCUCGGAGCGCAGCUGCCUGCAGACCUGCCGGACAGAGGCCGCCUGCCGCCUGCCCAUCGUCCCGGGAGACGCCUGCAAGGACACAUUUUGGGCCUUCGAUGCCAAGCAGGGCAAGUGCCUCACCUUCCAGGGCUGCGGGGGCAACGCCAACAAGUUCUACCUGGAGAAAGAGUGCCAGGAGUACUGCGGCCUCCUCCCCAGCGACGGGGAGGAGUUCUUGCGCCCAUCCGCCCCGUGAGAGGCCGUGAAGCAAGAGGAGCAGCCCCCUUUUUUCAAAGCCGGAUCAAUAAACGCAGCUGCUGGACUGAA